GUGAGCUGCAGAUCGUAGUCGAUUUCGCGCUCUUUUCGUGAUCAGUUGCCAUUGCCGGCCUUAGUAGCUGUUCGCAACAAACGUUUCGUACUUAAAUACGGUGCGAUAUUUUUUCAAAUUUCAAAUUUCGAUUGUCUUACUUUUGUGUAUUACGAAUGGUUGAGCCAGGAUGUAUAUCGUGUGUGCAAUUAUAAUUCUUAGUGCAUUUGGAACUCUCGAUGCCCGCCUGCCGGACAUAGAUAUCAACAGAGUUCGACUUUUACAAACGGAGAGAGGUCGUCAUAUCUCUCUCAACAAUAACCACAGUCGUCGUUCCAUUGUAGGCGCCAGGAGAUACAACAGAAACAAUGAUCAUGACUAUCAUAGCGGCGGGUUCCUCCAACUACGCGCGCCGCUGCAAUUUUUACACAAUACCACGUCGUCUUCAGAAACGAAGACGACCGGCAAAUUCCACCAACCAAGAGAAGACCCCAAGCUCUUCUAUCAAUCUGCUUCAUAUAUUGAAGAAACUAAUAGGAAAAAUAUAAACCCUGAAGUAAUGUCAAUAUAUCCUGGUAGAGAGGUGAUUAAAGCCGGUGAUGACCACUACAGAUCUACGUUGCAUCGCGUGAAAAAACAUGAGCUGUAUGACGUAGAAGGUUUAAAUUCUUGUAUAAAAUGUCCACAAGACAGAACUUUGAUUGCAAAAGUAGGGGCAAACAGAGUUAUGUUGCAGUAUCCACGUUUGACGACCUGUUCUGGAAGAAACGCUCCUAAAAUUUUCCACUUUGAGCAUAUGUACGGACCGAAAUUUGGCUCGUUAUUAGAACCAGGUUCUCAUACAAUCAUAGGAAGAGUUACAUUUAAACACCAAAUUCUACAGACAUGCAAAAUGCAAAUUAACGUCCUUAUACAGUUUUGUCCCAUACCGCACUAUUUAAUAGCACAUUGCGAAAAGGAACAAAACAAAAAGUGUAGCUUCACAUGUCGAGAUCCCAAAAUGGAAAUACAAGGAAGUUCAUUAUUAACAUGUGGAGAUGACAUGAAGUGGUUGGGCCGUCUGCCUGCAUGUGGUGUUCGCACCUGGUGCUACCCUUUACCACCACCUGAGCACGGGCGAAUUUCUUGCAAAGGUUCAACGGCGGAGAAUGGAUGGGGCUUACAAGAAGGUUCAAGCUGCCGAUUAAAAUGUCCAAGAGGCUGGCGAUGGGCGUCCCGAAGAGCCGCUGUGUGUCAUCGCGGAAUAUGGAACCGAGACCUAGUGUGUCAACCGAAAAAAUCAAAAUAAUAUCAGUGUAUUAUUAAAAUAUUAAUUAUAUGAACAUUAAGUAUUAGAAAUCUAAAUAUGACAUAAAUAAGACAUAACUCACACAUAGAAACUGCUAUAUAUGUAUGCUAUUCGAAAAUGUAACCAGAAUUUUAUUUUCGUACCGAGAUAGUUAAUUAUUAUUAUAAGUAUCUAGUUGAAACCCGGUCAGCAACAAUACAGUUAGUUCUAUCCAAAUCAUUUAUUAAUGAAUGGGAAGCACCGCUUUUGAUUAUUGUGGUUUUUGUCUCGUAAAAGUACUUAUGGUUUGAGGUUAUGGUUAUAAGAAAAUAAAAUUGUAGGUGUGUGUGAGCUAAGCCCAAGUACUAGCUUGUCACGGAGAAUAACAGAAAUCCUAUUCAUUUACUGUUUAGAUUUUAAGAAUGUAUAAUAAGAUAAUGUCUAUUAAUUACUUAGUUUAUUAUAAAAACAAAGUGAUAUUACGAUAAACACAUAGUCCAUAUUAUAUUUUAUAAAAUAUAUCAAUAUUUUGAUAUAUUUGACUGACUGCCUGACUUUAAAAUGGGCAUCAGCCCAUUUUAAAGUCAGGUAUCUAUGCCAUUUAUUGUUUAUAUAUCGAGAUUAUCUUUUAAUUUAUUUCGAAUUAUCAUCAUAAUCUAAUAAAUUAUAUUUAACGGAAUUGAAAACCUUAAAUAAUCAAAAUAUAGCAUUCAAGAUACUUAUUACUACUAAAAUAAAUCGAUAACACGAAA